AUGAAUGAAAAUAAUGUCAAAGAAAUGAAUAAUAAAAAUGAGAAUAAAUUUUCUAAGAAAGGAAAUGAGAAUUUAUACAACAAAAAAAGUGAUGAAAAAUUAAGUGAAGCAGCUAGUUAUAAAAAAUCAAAAAAGUCAUCAUAUAUAGAUAACGUGUAUAACAAAAAGUUAAAUUUAUGCGAAGAUAAAAUAUCCUAUUGUGAUAAGAAAAAAAAGGAAAAUACAAAUGUUGAUGAAGAAAAAAAGAAAGUAACAGUUGUAGAAGUGGGAAAAAAUAACAUAUCGAAUGUAGAUCUACAAAAAAAUAAUAUAACAAAUGUAAAAGUACAAAAAAAUAACAUAACAAAUGUAAAAGCACAAAAAAAUAACAUAACAAAUGUAAAAGAAGAAGUUGAAAAUAAAUCAUCCAUGUGUAAAAAUGUGUUAUCUACAAAAAGGUUGAAAGAUGUUCAAAAAGAUAAAUACAACAUUUGUGAUAUUAAAGGAAAAAAUAAUACAUCAUCACCAUAUAUAAAAACAUUAUCUUUACAAAAUGUAAAGAAAAAUCCUUUGUCAUAUUCCAAUGAUAAAAUUGGAAAGAAAAAUUCUCAAGAUCUAGAAGUUCAUAAGGAUGCAUUUGCUACUACAAAAGGGAAUAGUCUUAGUUUUGAUGGGAUAAAUAUGAAUAAUAUAAAAUUGAAUAUAACGGAUAAUGUAAAUGAUAAUAAUAAUGAUGAUGAUGAUAAUAAUAAUGAUGAUGAUGAUAAUAAUAAUGAUGAUGAUGAUAAUAAUAAUGAUGAUGAUGAUAAUAAUAAUGAUGAUGAUGAUAAUAAUAAUGAUGAUGAUGAUAAUAAUAAUGAUGAUGAUGAUAAUAAUAAUGAUGAUGAUGAUAAUAAUAAUGAUGAUGAUGAUAAUAAUAAUGAUGAUGAUGAUAAUAAUAAUGAUGAUGAUGAUAAUAAUAAUGAUGAUGAUGAUAAUAAUAAUGAUGAUGAUGAUAAUAAUAAUGAUGAUGAUGAUAAUAAUAAUGAUGAUGAUGAUAAUAAUAAUGAUGAUGAUGAUAAUAAUAAUGAUGAUGAUGAUAAUAAUAAUGAUGAUGAUGAUAAUAAUAAUGAUGAUGAUGAUAAUAAUAAUGAUGAUGAUGAUAAUAAUAAUGAUGAUGAUGAUAAUAAUAAUGAUGAUGAUGAUAAUAAUAAUGAUGAUGAUGAUAAUAAUAAUGAUGAUGAUGAUAAUAAUAAUGAUGAUGAUGAUAAUAAUAAUGAUGAUGAUGAUAAUAAUAAUGAUGAUGAUGAUAAUAAUAAUCAUAAUAAUAAUCAUAAUAAUAAUCAUAAUAAUAAUUAUUAUAAUAAUACAAUAAAUGAAGAAAAAAACGAAAAAGAAGAAGUAUCAUUUAAUAUAUCUGAAACCCCCAAUGCUAUAGGAACUAAUAUGGGUAAUUAUAUUUCCCAGGAUGAAGAUAAUUACAAUAAAUCAUCUUUUGAUAAAAAUGACCUUGAUACUGCUAUAGGUAAUGCUGAGAAGAAAGGUGGUUUAAAACAACCGCUUAAUAUUAUUAAUGAGGAAAUAAAUAGUCAUGAUUUAAGAAGAAAUAACAAAGAUAUAAUCGCAAACAUUGAAAAAUCAUCAAAGUAUUAUAAAGAAAAAAAGGACAGUUUUUUGAGCACAUUAAAAUCGAAAGGUCAUGAAAAAAAAGAAGUAUAUACUUCUAAUUUAAAUCAAGCUAAGGAUGAGGAAAUUAUGAUACAGACAAUUUUUAUCGAACAAAAUGAUAAUAAUGAUAAUGUACAAAAUAAAAUAGAUAGUAUUGAACAAACUAUAGAAGAAAAUAAAAAUGUAAAAUAUAAUAAUAUGUUAAGUAAUAAAACUGGAAAUAUAUUAAAAAAACAAAGUGAUAUACUACAAAAGGGAAUAUGUGAAGAAGAAAAUUACUCUUCAUCAUCUACAAAUGUGGCAACCUAUAUUGUUAACAAACAUGCAGAUAGUGAUUCACAUAAUAAAAAGGAUUAUGAAAUAGCAGAUGGUGGAAUUGUGGAAAACAAUAUAAAAAAUGACAAGUAUUUGGAUGAUCAAUUUGGAGAAGAUAAAUAUUUAGGUGAUCAAUUUGGAGAAGAUAAAUAUUUGGAUAAUCAAUUUGGAGAAGAUAAAUAUUUGGAUGAUCAUAUUCCAAGCGAUGAACUCACUUCCGAAAUACCGAAUAUUAUGAGCAACCCUCAUAUACAAUUAAGCGAAGAUUCAUUAGAAAAUAUUAAAGAAAAGUUUGAUAAUGUUAGAUCAAAUUACGCGGAAGAUUUUGUAGAUAUAAAAAUAUAUGACGAAGAUUCUGAAAUAGAUGAUAUACAAAAUAACGAGCUGGAUUAUUUUUGGAAUAAUAAAGAUGUAUCGAAUAUAUUAAAUAAGGAAAGUAAUACGGUAAUAAAAAGUUUUGAAGGAAAUAAUGAAGAGGAUGAAAAAAUAAUAUUGAAUAGUGAAAACUGUAUUGAUGGUGUACGAAUAGGGCCAAUUGAUUUUCCAGAUUUUAAUAUAAAAAGGAAAAAUGAUAAAAUUAUAUAUGCCCAAAUGAGAAGAAGCCAAAGUGAUAAUUUAUAUAAAAGGAAAAAUAUAGCUCAUCUUAUAAAUAAGAGAAAUACCAUGGAUAAUAUAGUAAAUAAUGAAAAUAUGGAAAUAACGUUGUCAAAUAAUGAAUACAUAUAUAAUAAUAAUAAUAAUAAUAAUGAUAAUAAUGAUAAUAAUAAUAAUGAUAAUAAUAAUAAUAAUAAUAAUAAUUUAUAUUACGCUAAUAAUACGUUACCUGAAAAAAAUGAGGAACAAACAGAUGAUAUGAAUAUAGCAGAUAAAUUAGAUAUUAUUAAAAAGAAGCUAGCUAUAAAUAAUAAUAUAGACAUUGAUAAUAUAAAUUAUGAACGUUUUGAUAUGUAUCAAGUCGAUUUUGAAAAAAUAGGUUUAAAUGUAAGUAAUUUAGAAAAAGAAGAAAAAUAUAUUUUGUUGUUAUAUAUUUCUGAAAAGAAGUUAGAAUAUGUAUGGAAUGAAAGAGAAGCUUUUAAGCGUGCUCAUUCGAAUAUAAAGAAUUUCCAGGUUAAUCAGAAUAAGAUGAGAGAAUUAAAAAAUGAGAAAAGAGAAAAUGCUGUAUUAAUUGAUACACAAUAUUUUAAAAGUAAUGAUAUGAGAAAUUAUGAGACUUAUAUUUUGAAUAAGAAGAAUAAUAAGAAUGUAAAAUAUAAAUCUUCAAAUAAUAGUAGUACAAAUAAUACCAAUACUUUUUCUAACAUUGGUAGGUCUAUAUCUCUAACUUCAUCAUUUGAUAUGUGUGAAAAGAAAUAUAAUAAUUCUAAAGAUUUUUCAUUAUUAUUAGAGAGGCAUAAAUAUAAUAAAAUGGGAAAUCAUCAAUAUGUCGAAAAAAUGAAUAGUGACGAUUAUAAUGAUAUUAUAAGUAAUGAUGAAAAGGUACAAGAUGUAGGGUUCUUCUUACCGUUUUAUCGUAAGUUAUUAAAAAAAUACGAGACAAUAAACAACGUGGUCAUAAAUAAUGAUACCACUAGUAAUGAUGUUGUUGGAAAUAAUAACAUUUGUAAUAAUAACAUUUGUGAUAAAAGGGAUGAAGGUGAUAAUUCUCACAAAUAUAUGUCCAAUGAAAAAGCCUUAUUUGAAAAGUUCCUCAAAAGCUUCAUUUCUUUAUUUUUCCAAGAUGAAUGUAUUGAUCAAUUUUUAAACUAUUAUGAUGAUAUGAAGACAUCGAAAAAUGAAGAAGAUGCCCUGUUAACACAUUCUUUGUGUAUAGAUUAUAUGUGUAAUUGUUUUGAAGAUAUAUAUGUACAAAAGGAUUAUAUUGAAAAUGACGAAAAAAAAUUUUGGUUUUUACAUUUUUCUGAUAUUAUGAAAGAUAUAAUAAAUAAUUUUAUAGAAAAUGAGAAUUUAGUAAACAAAAUAAGAAAGAUACAAAUAGUAAAUAACAUAUUAAAAGAUGAGGUAAAAACAUAUUCAAUUAAGGUAGCCCAUGAGGACAUUUAUUUGAAUGUAUCUCAAAAUUUUAUUGAAGAUUAUGAAAACGUUAUAGUUAGUAAGGACGUAGGAUUUUUUAAUUUAUAUAUAUUGGAUAAAAAUUAUAAGUAUAAUUAUCACACAUAUACGAAACAGACCUAUAAUCAGAAAAUGAAAAGGGAAAACAGUAAAGAUAAUAUUAAUAAAUAUGUUGAUAGGUAUAAUCAAAUUAAUUAUACAAACUCAUUUUGGAGUUAUAUAUUUGGAUAUUUUAAUAAUAUAUAUAAUAAUUGGUCUCAAGAAAAAGAAGACACAGAUAAUUCUUCAUGUAGUAAUUCUGCAGAGUCUUUACAAAACGAUAUAAUAAAUUCAUCAAAACUUGUUAUUCAAAAUUUUAGUAAUUCGGAUGAAGAAGAAAGUGGUGAUAUUUCAGUGACGACAGAUGAUGAAAAUUAUCCAAAUUUAGAGGAACAAAAGUGUAAGAAUAAAAAUAAAAGCAUUAUUAAAAAUGAGCAGGAUAUAGAAAAUACAAUAUUGCAUAAGAGACCUAAACAGAAUCACGAAGAAAAAGUAAGUACAGAUGAAAUUUUAUUAAAAGGAAAUAAGAAGAAUAAAUAUAGAAAAAACAAAUAUAAAAAUGAUGAUUCAAAAAAAAUAAAGAACACAAAAAGUGUGGAUACAAAUAUAUUGCAAAAUGAUGAAGGAGUAGAUACAAACAUUAAUAAUAAAGAAUUAAAUAAUUAUAUGAAUAACGAAAUAAAGUUUAACUAUUUAGAAAAGCAAGAUUAUAUAUUGGGUAGUUCCACAAAUAUAGAUGACAGUAUAAUUGAGAGUAAUUUAUCAAAUGUUAGUUUUCAUAAUUCUGAAAAUUCAAACGAUAUAAAAUUGGAUGGUUUUUACGUUGUUAAUAAGAAAGAAGAAAAGAAACAAAAUAUUACAAAAGAGGAAGAACAGUCAGAAAUGUUAAAUAAUAAUAUAAAUAUAAUAAAUAAUAAUAACAACAAUAAUAAUAAUAAAAACAACAGUAAUAAUAAUAAAAGUUGUAGUAAUAUAUAUAAGAACAGAGAUUGUCAUAUUUCUUCAUACAAAAAUUCUAAGUGUGAUAAUAGAAAAUAUCUAGGAAAUGUAGCUAAUUUAGUUUCAUUUCAAUAUAAAGGUUCCUUACCAAAAGAAAAUAUUAAUAACUUAAAAAAAAUAAAUAAAAAUAAAAAUGUCAUAGGUUGUUAUUUAUCAUCAUCUGAUGAUAGUUUAGUUGGAGUACAUAUUAAAAGUGAUAUGGUUCAAGAUUCUGUAGAUACACAUUUUGUUAUGGAAAGAUGUCGAAAAUAUAAUAAACAAAUAAAAAAAUCCUAUGUACAUAUUCUAAAUGCAAACAAAAAACAAUAUUUAGCUGUAAAUCUAAAUACAUACAAAAUCAUAUACACAAAUAAAUAUGAUGAUACAAUAUAUAUGGAUGAAUAUAAUGAACAACAUAAAAUAUCUACAUAUUUCCAAUUACAAUCAAUAUCAGAUAUGAUGAAAAAUAUUUUAAUCGAAGAUAUUGUACAGAGUGUAGCUGAUAUAUUAUGUUGA